UGCUGCUGCUGUGGGCAGGAGGGACCCUUCUCAGGUGGACCUUUGAUCUAGUAGACAAAGGCAGAAUGAGCUCCAGUGACUGGCAGCUGAAGUCGAAUGCUUUCCGUGAUAUAUGGCUGUCCUAGCCAGUGCCGACUGCUUCCCAUUCUCAUGUUUGUGCUCCAACCUGCCAUUGAGAUUUGGCUGCUCAAGAUCAGGGUGCUCGAGUUUGGAGAAACCUGAGCUCUCUGGCAGCACAUACUCAUAGUGAAACUGAACUUUUUCUCUGGCUGAGCUUAUUCAACAGAGGCCAAAAGAGAACAUCCUCUUCCCUGGUAAAACAACAGCAGCUGCAGCUUGGAAGAACAGUGGAGAAGUUGGCUAGAUCUGCAGGAAGAGACAUUGUUGUUCCUCAGGUGGAGAAAGCAGCACACAGAUAUUUCAAGUAAAAAUGGAAAGCUGGAUACGGAAAGAACAAACUGAUGCCCCAGGGGACUUCGGCCGCUACACUGGGGAAUCAGAACUGAGAAUCAUCCUUGUAGGUAAAACUGGAGCUGGGAAAAGUGCAACAGGAAACACCAUCCUUGGCAAGAAAGUGUUUGAGUCCAAACUCUCACCAAAGUCUGUAACUGCAAAAUGCAGUAAGGAGACAAGCAUCUGGAAUGAGAGGAAUGUGAUGGUGGUUGAUACUCCUGGCAUUUUUGACACACAUGUACCAGUGGAUGAAACUUGUCGGGAGAUCAGUCGCUGUAUUGUAGCCUCCUCCCCAGGGCCCCAUGCUAUCGUUCUAGUGGUGCCACUGAGCCGUUACACUGCGGAGGAAAAAAAAGCAGUCAAACGAAUACAAGAUAUUUUUGGAGCUGAGUCCAUGAGGUACAUGAUCCUGUUAUUCACUCGGAAAGACGAUUUAGAGGAUACUGAAUUAGAAGAUUUCAUAAAAGGCUCUGAUGCCCAAGGCCUUUGUGAGCUGGUAGGAAAAUUUGGAAAACGAUACUGUGCUUUCAACAACAGAGCAACUGGAGAAGAACGGGAUGCCCAGGUGAAUGAGCUGCUGGGGAUGGUAGAUAAGAUGGUGCAGGAGAACAGAGGCACGUGUCUCACAACUGAGAUGUAUAAAUAUGCUGAGAAGAAGCUUCAAGAGAAAACAGAGGAGCUGAAGAAAAACUAUGCAGAGCAGCUGGAAAGAGAGAAAGAGAAAAUAAAACGUGAUUAUGAGGAGCAAAUAAAACAACUCGAGGAAGAAUUAAAAAUAAGGGAUGAUGAAAAGAAGAAGAUAAUGUGGCACAAAGAAGUAGCAGAAAAGGAGAUGGUUUUGCAACAACAAAAAUUGAGACUUUUAGGAGAAAAAGAGAGAGAAUAUGCUGAAAAACAAGCAGGAGCCAGGGAAGAAGCUGAAAGUGAUAUAAUAUGGAAAAUGGUUUUGGGUGCUUUUACACUUGCUUUUGAAAAAAUUAAGGGUUGGUUUAAUGAUGACUGAGCUACAUUUAACUUCUCAAGCCUGUUAUAUAAAAGUCGCAAAUGAAGUUUCACUGCUCGUUAAACCUACGGACCCCAACAUUCUGCAUUUUAGGACCAAAUUAAUCCCUGGUGUAGCUCCACUGAAGCCAGUAGAGCUGCACAAGGAAUGAAAUGGGCCCUUAAUUGCUAAGAUACCUUCUCACUUGUGCUAGUGACUCUAUCACAUGCUUUGAUAAUGUAUUCCAAGGGCUAAUUGCUAUCACUGUUAUAAUGCAUGCAUUCAAUGUGUGCAAUAUAAUUACAUGACAGUACAAACAUAAACAAUAUACAUAAAUGAUAAAGGCAUAUAUAUUACUAUGUACGCAUCUGCUGUGCAGCUAUGCACUGCUGGGCCCCUGCUCCAGGAACACUUCAGGAAGCUAAUAAAGAAACAUUUGUCUUGUAGAUUCCUUGAUAGAUAAACAGAAAAUUUGGGAAAUAGAAACAGGAGACCCGAUCUGAGAAUCAUACAGGUGAAGAACAGCAUGGAAAGGAAUUAUCACCCUGUUUUUGUACAUUAGUUUCUAAUCACGAAGGAGAAUGAGGAAGAGGUAUUUGAAUAGAAAGGAAAAGACACUGUGACUUUAGUUAUAACCUAUACAAGAUUCCAAGAAUGAGAAUUUGUGCUGGGAAAAACUAUAAACAUGUAAACCACUAUUCCAAGGUGAGCAGAUAUUUGUUUGCUUAGACCAGAACCUAGUGCAAGUGCCGAGUGGAAUAAAUAUAGAUGCUUGCUUACCAGAAAGGGACUUAAUCCAAAUGGGUGGUACCCUGCAAAAGUCACUCCUUAGUAUGAUGGGAGAAAGAGUUUCUUUACUACUCCACACGAACUGAAGGAGUUUUUUGACAGCCCAUCCAGCAUGAGAGGCUCAGAAUGAGGCUAUGUCUAUAUUAUCAGCUGGGGUGCGAUUCCCAGCUUGCGCAGACAUAGGCUAGCUCUGAGCUGGUACACUAAAAAUAGCACU